ACUCGACUGAACUUCGGCACUUCCUGGUUGCUCUUCUGGCAUCAUGUUUCACUCUGCUCGGUUGGCUAAGCUUUCUUUGUAACUAUCUAUCUACAGCCAGACGUUCUGAACACCUAAGAAGCACCUGAAGUUCACAGUACAAGAAUCAUGGCGAGAUUUGAAGACAGCUUUUGGGGUACUGACUUCUGCAGCACACAGGGGUUUGAGACACUGUUGGCUCGUAUGAAGGAGGGGUCCAGUAUGUGUAAGGAGCUGGAAGACUUCCUUAAACACAGAGCUAAAGCAGAAGAGGACUAUUCAAAAGCCCUACAGAAGAUAGUGAGAAGUGCAGGUGAUGGGGGAGAGAUUGGGAUACUGAGAAAUGCAUGGGACACUGUCAGAAAAGAAACUGAACAUUUGGCCAAUGUGCACAUGACAAUGUCCCAGAGUUUGACUAAGGAGGCAGAGGAUGUGAGAGGGUUUAGGAAACUACAGGAGCAGAGCAGGAAAGAGACUGAAGAAGACAACAUGAAAUAUACCAGACUGAAGAGGGAUCUCUACAAGAAAACUCUUCAGUCUAAGAAGUCGUAUGAACAGAAGUGCAAAGAGGCGGAUGCUGCUGAGAAUGCCUACAGUACCUCCCGGGUAACUGCACAGCAGAAAGAGAUUGAUAAGUUAAAGAAAAAGGCCUCAGGUGCCAGACAACAAGCAGAACAAGCAGACACGGCCUACAAGAGCUGUGUGGAAGGGUUGGAGCAGUCCAGGGUAUCAUGGGAAAAGUGCCACGCCCACUCUUGUCAGGUUUUCCAGAAGAUGGAGGAAGAACGAAUCAUGUUCCUCAGGGACAAACUCUGGGUUCACUCCAACCUGGGCUCCAUGACUUGUGUACAAAAUGAUGAGCAUUUUGAAGACAUGAGGAAGGCUUUGGAACACUGUGAUCAGCACAAAGACAUUAACCUGUUUGUAAACACCAAGAAGACUGGAACUCAGCGGCCAGCUCCUGUGGUGUACGAGUCAUACUACCCAGAUGGCUCAAAGUCAUCGAAGAGGUUUGCAGCCAGCCCUCUGCAUCGAGACCGCCCGUCUACCAUGAGCAGCCGUCCGCCCGAGCCGCUACCACAGACCGGUUUUCCUGCCAUGGCCGCACCAAACCUGCCUACCAAGGAGAAACAGAGGAGCAUAUCACAUAACAGAUAUGGAGAUGGUGGCACUUACGCUACAGUACAGGAAACACGGAGAUACUCUAGCCCUGCCUCACCCAGCUUUGGUGAAGGGGACACUGUUAAAGUUGCUUUUGACUAUGAUUCACAGGGACAACAAGAGUUAACUCUACGGAAAGGUCGGCAUAUCCGCGUCCUGAGGAGAGAGAAUGACCUGUGGUGGCAGGGAGAGAUGGAUGGAAAGAUCGGAGUUUUCCCCUCGACUUAUGUUGAACCCAUAUCACUCAUCUAAACCCCAUCAAAUUUCUUAUUUCUGAAUUAGUUGAAUCUUCAAUUAUUGCAUGUUCAUGCUCAUGGGGCUAAAUGCAUACAUCAGAGUGUGAUGUUACACACAUCAUACUGAGUAACAUGAUACAUAGGA